AUAUAUUCAUAUAGCUGAUUUCUAGGAGACGAUAGCCAAAGACGUGUUUGUAGACUAAAGCCAACCAGUUAUGAUGGGUUUCAAACUUCCUUUAAUUAUGAUGGUCACGGCCGGUGUUGUUCUUACCCAGUAUGCAGAUAAGCUACCACGAUGCUUAUAUCCGUGUGCAUGGAGAGAAAAUAUACCACUUCUGUUUGAGUUGGAUGGUAUUUGGAUUCUCAACAAUCCAUCCAGUGGUUUUAUCACAAACAUUUCUAGACCAAUAGGAGAUCAGACAGCAACCUCUGAAUGCAUCAUGAGACAUGGGCCUUUCUUUCUGUUAAGAAAACAAGGAAAUGUCUACUACUGCCUCAAGUUUUUGACAAUAUCGGAUACCGACUGGUACUUCUUUGUCAGCAAAGAAAGCGACACUUUAUCUUUUUGCGAGCUGUGUGAUGGGUCAAAAUUUGCUGGGCCAUUUUAUGCUUCAGGUAAGAAAUCGUGA